AUGGUCCGAGGAUCAAAGACGACAUCGGCAGGAGGCGAAAAGGAGCCAAGCACAGCCAGGAAGCGGAAACCGACGGAUGGUGACGAGAACAGUGUUGACGAGGAUCUGGGCGAGCGAGAGGAGAUCGGCAGGGAUGAGGGAGACGAGCAAAGUCUGACGACGGGAAUCGACGAGCAGGUGAGCAGCCCCUCAUCUCUGGAGCUCAACACGUCCCUCAUGUGCUCGUUCUUCCAGUCUCUCAAAGCAGCCGUCUGGUAUACGGUCGCCCAGAUAGCCCAGGAAGAAGAAAUCGAACUCGGGCGGUCGAUGAGCGAGCCCUUUGUGGCCUCCCUGACCGAGCUCGUAUACGCUCAAGCAGAAAAUCUCGCUCUGGAGUUGAAGGCUUUCGCGGAUCAUGCGGGUCGGACUACGAUCCGGGAGGAAGACGUGAAGCUAGUGUGCAGGAAGUCAACUGUCCUGCAGGAGAUGCUCGAUGAAGAGGCCCGGCGGUUCAACUCCGCCGGCUCCGCUUCGACGAAGAAGACCGCGGCAACCGUACCAGCAACCAAGAACGCCGCCUCGAAGCCCUUCAAGAAACCCAAGCCGAAACCGACCAAGGUCGGCUGUCUGCCUGCUGCAAGCUCGUCCCGUAAUCCCCUCGACUGA